UUGAGGUGCAGUGAAGGAAGGAUCAGGGCUGAAUGUUGGGAGGGCUGCUUCUGCUCCAGAGAGAUGAGAGUCCAACAUGAUGGAGAAAGGCCUGCUAAUGUUUCCUGAUCUCUGACUGUGAGGACGGCUGCUCACACCUGAAGCCGGGAGACUUUCAACAUGUUGGAGAGCGGCUCUGCUAACAGAGGACUGAGUGUCCCUCCCCAUCAGACCAGGGUGGAUGUUGGUGCGUCGCCUGAGAGCAGGAGAUGGUGCGGACUGUCACGGCGUCACUGCCUCUUCUUCAUCCUUGUUUUGGGAGCGGUUUUAUUUGUCUACAGCACAAAUGUGAAAGGAAUACCUGACUGGAGCUCUCAGUGGUGGACAAACCAGAACACAAAAAAAUGGUGGAUUCCAUACCAGAGACCAGCACCCUCUGGUGUCAGGAUCACCGCUAACGAUCUCUCGCCAACAGCAGAGGUGACGACCAUCACGACUCCUAAGAACACGACUAUCCCCCCAACCCCGCCCCCCUACAAAUCUCCAGGACCGUACUUAGUGGAGUACCCCUACAAGUACCACUUCAUCAUCAAUGAGCCACACAAAUGCGUGCAGCAGAAACCCUUCCUGGUCCUCAUUGUUCCCGUGGCGCCCAACAACAGGGCGCACCGCGACAUCAUCCGCAGCACGUGGGGGAGUGAGCGCCUGGUCAUGGACAAAAUUGUGGAGCUGUUCUUCCUGCUGGGGCGGCAGAGCGGGGAGGGGACAGAACAGCUCCAGGAACAGCUGCUGCAGGAGAGCAAAGAGCACCGAGACCUGAUCCAGAGCGACUUCACGGACUGCUACAAGAACCUGACCAUCAAGACCAUGGUGAUGCUGGAGUGGCUGGACUCGUACUGCUCUGGCUCCUCGUACGCCAUGAAGAUCGAUUCAGACAUGUUUCUGAACGUGCCCAAACUCAUCAGCAUGCUGAGAAACGCCCCAAAGACAAACUACCUGACCGGACUGGUGGCAAGAGGAGGCGCUGUCCUGAGAGACAAAAGAUCCAAGUGGUACGUCCCGGCGUCUAUCUACCCCCAUCCCUAUUACCCACGGUAUGCUCUGGGCCUGGGCUACGUUUUCUCUUUGGACCUUCCUAAAAAGCUGGUGGAGGCUUCCAAGUUCAUUAGAGCUCUCUACAUUGAAGAUGUGUAUUUAGGGCUGUGUAUGCAGUACCUACACAUCCCCCCCACAGACCCUCCAGACUGGGGCUACUUUCAGGUUUUCCCUGUGAGGUACAGCCGCUGUGCGUACUCCAGACUAGUAGCCACCACAACAGCUAAAAACCUGGAUCGUAUGUGGGCUUGGAAAGACUUUAAAAAACCUGGACCCUUCUGCUGAUCUGGAAUCAUGAGAAGGCUGAGUGGAGACUGUAGUACAUAACUGGGCUGCUCUUUGUGGGGGUGUAGAGAUGUCACAUUAUCAGGGAUUAAACACACUUUUGGGCAUUCAGAUACCGAGCUGAUGCCUCUUUAGUCCGUGCGUCUGAUGCCAGAACGUACCGUCCCUCCUCUGAUUCUAACAACAGCCCAUACAUCCUGUCUGUGGCUCUCGGACGUCAGGAUGACUGAGGGCCGAUUAACACGAAGCUAAGAGGCUAACGACUUUCUCCCUCAGGUUACAGAGCUUUAAAAAACAAAGGGACUAUUUAGCAAUGCAAGCCUGUUUGGUCCUAGUUAAACUGGAAUAACAACUAAAGUUGUGAAGUUUAGUUCACAGGCAAGCCAGUUCUAAGAGCAGGUUCCUUUUAUGAAGGACAGGGUUACCAGUGGUUCUCAACCUUGGAGUCAGGAUGCCCUUGGGGGUCGCAAGACACUGAGGGGUCACCAGAUACUAUAAAAAAACAAACAAUAUACAGUGCUUAACAAA